AUGAAGUUCAGUCGGGAACUGGGAGUGCCUGCUAUACCACCUGCAGAGGAUGAGGAGAACACCUCCUAUGCCUGCAGAACAAAGGCUAUGGCCAAACACCAGGGUCGCCAACAGUUUAGGUCCAAGAGGGAAUCAAAAGCGCUCCACGGCGAAUACCCACAACGGGUGAAACAGGCUGACGUGGACCAAGACAAGACCCACAGAUGGCUUAAAGCAGCUGGCCUUAAGGCAGAAACCGAGGGCUUUAUCAUCGCAGCUCAAGAUCAAAGCCUCGCAACAAGCUGCUGGUACCAACACAACAUCCUUAAGAAGCCUGACGUAGACCCAAAAUGUAGACUAUGUGGCCAUUUCGACUAGACCAUUGACCAACUGGUCUCUGGCUGCCCUGAACUGGCUAAAAAUGAAUACAUCCACCGCUUCAACAAAGCAGCUGCACACAUGCACUGGAAGAUCUGCAAAGAAUUUGUCAUUGAGGUGAAGGAACGAUGA